AUGAUCCGCCGCAACUCAGAUAUUGAGGUUCAGCUCCCAGGUGCUGCAGGUACUGCGGAUUCUGUGAAGGAAGCAGACAUAGAAAUGCUGCCAGGGGAGCAAGCACCACCACUAAACUUACCCACCCGCCUCGCCGCCCGCUUCUCUCGAAAGCCGAAUGUGCUUCGACGCUCCUCUGCUGCCUCCUCUCGUCGAAGUUCGAUCUCAUCUUUACACUCACACCACUCGAGCGCUUCAUCUCAUGGCAUAUCUCCCACCGAUAAUAUCGCGCAACAUCUCCGGCGAACUUCCAUUCUUGAGAGCCGGAAAGCGAGGCUCGCAGACCGUGCUCUGCAUGCAGAGAAGGUAAGGCUUCGCGCUGCCCUUAGUAAAGCUGCAUCCAGGAAUUUGCAAAGGGAAGAGAGAGCCCUGGCUGCUCAGCAGGCUCGGGAGCGACUAUUGGCGGAGAUCACCGCCAAGUGUGAAGAAGAAGUUCGUCGCGCGAAGAAGAAGGCUGAAGAUAACCGGGAGAGGAAAGCUGCAGAGCACGCCAGGCUUCGCUUGGAAAUGGCAGAGAAGUUUGCAGAGGCCGAGAAGCGGCGUGCACUCUAUCAGCAAAAUCAUCGACGCCACCGCACAAGCAGCUUACCUACUAGCGAAGAGAAAAAGAUGGGCAAGGUGGUUAGCAGCCCACUUACGCAUGAUGCAGCCGCGAGGACUAUCCAGCGAAUAUGGAGAACCUAUCAUACCAGGAGGAUUAUACAGGAGUUUCGAACGCUAGAUUUGACAACCAACCGCAUUCAGCACAUGGAUUUUGAGGAUGUUGGAGCCCUGCUUUCGGAGAAUAAAGUCCUGACCGUAACAGCUCGUGUGCUUCGACUUUGUGGACUACAAGAUAUGGAAAGUGGUACAAUGGGCGGAAGGGGCGCUGUGCGCACGUUUCUCAGCAGUUAUUUAAUCGUAACUCAUCCCGCUGAAGUGCUGAGCAGCAACGGUGAACAGGAGCAGGAUUUGAUUGCGAAGGCUCGUGAACUCAUUCUAGCGUUUGAGCAAGCCAUGCCACUGCUUUUAUCUGGCUGCCGCUUGACGCCGGCCAAUUCUACAGAGCUUCAGACAGUGUGUGAGGCUUACAAUGUCUUCUUUUCUGCCUUCCAUGCUUGGAAGACUCAUGACUCUAGCGUUCUGAUCGAAAUCAUGCUGGCUCAAUUUGUUGAGCUGGAGUUAAUCUGGCAAACGGUCAAGAAUGAUCGAGCUGGUGGUGUGGCAGAUGAUUAUCGUCAGGGCAUCAGGCAAAAUCAGAUCCUGCUUCUCGCCCGGCUGAAGCGCCUAGCCGGCUCGGAAAGAGCAAUGCAGAUGGUGCGAGAUGCUUUGAAGAAGGCUAAGCGCGAGACGAAACGUACUGCCUCCAGGCAGGCCAUUCCACGGUCGGCAGAGGUCACGCCUUCAUCGACCGAAACGCUCACGGAGAGUGUUGCGUCUCCUAUUAGCGACACUUUUAACAAUGUGGAGGGUACUGUUUUGCGGGAGUUGGACAGGCAGCGGAUCUCCCCGCAUGAACGCUUCACAAGAAUCUUGACUGCACUCCCAGAAAACCGUGCGUUAGUGCAUGAACUUCUCAUCAACAAGGAAUUCAAGAUUGAAGAGACACAGUAUACGGAGCCGCGUAAACAAAUUAUGAAUCACAUGUGUGAUAUGAUGCGCAAAGAUGUGGACGCUGGGCUAGGUACGAACUGGACAGUAGCUAUGGCCACAGUAAUUCAGGAUCGAUUACUACGUUCGCUCCGCCCGGGUAACUCGCUUCAUGUGCUGAUUAGCGAAGUGCUAGACCCAAAGCUGGUUGAGAAUCAAUGUAAUGUUGGUGCUUUCUCUUACGCUAGCUUCUUCAACUUCAUGAACACCAUCCUACCGAAGCUUUGUGCUCCGUACCGAGAUCCUAUAGUCAAGGCUUUUACGGAAGAUACUUCAGGAGAUGCGAUUGAUCGUCUGGCGAGGCUGAUGGGGAUAAUCGACUUGCUGUCCCUCGACCAUACGAACUUUAUGAUCCAACUUGCUGCCCCCCAACUUAUCCAAGAGGCGCCUGGGUAUGAGCAGAGAACCUUCGAGAAGGGCCUUCGUGACGGAUCCUUGAGCCUGAGGAAAGCAAGGCGCUUCUGGCGAACACAUCACAAAAUCAUUGUAGAUGAGAUCCGGAAGCGUGAUCCGGAGAAUAUCAACGGGGAACCUCAGCCGCCUCCCUCGAAGAUUUAUGCUCAAGGUCUCGUGGAUCUUGUUCUGAGCAAUGCACCCGUGUGUGAUGACCUAGUUCCUGAGACCUUAGAGCUGGACCGCCAACGACUAGAGAGACUGCACGCGCAAGCAUUCAAAAUUGUGGCGACUGCGUCUAUUUUACUGGCAGCUAAGAAUUUACUCAAGCGUGACGUGCGAUCACAAUGGAAGGCUGAAGCGGAUCGUAUUAUGUCUCUGCAUUUUGGUGAUAUUGAACCUAAUCGAGUAAAGUCGAUUCUGGAGUCAACACACCCAAUGCCUUCUAAUGCCAGCGCUCAACUUGCGGCGACCAUCCGGCGGGUACUGGCGCCGGUCGCCAAGGCGUGCGCUGCUGUUUCUCCAUCUGCGGCAACACAGACGACGGUUGAGAUUCAUACGGACGCGCCCGUACGAGAGAUAGCGGUGGCACAAAACCCGGUGAACUCCGAUAGAGGUGAAGUUGGUGCGGCCAGCUUCACAGACCCUGUUGCGCGGCUCAUUCUUUCCCGUUUGCGCGCCCAUAUUCUCUCUCGCCUUAGUGCUUCAAGUGCGGCCGAGAGGAUUCGAACCACGACGACGGCCAGCCAGUGCUUGGCCGGUGCAGGAAUGCCCGAGUUUGUUAACGAGGUUGGCAAGUUGACUGAAGAGCUGGAGAAAGUGCGCGAAGUAGAUUGGCUGUGCCAUGGUAUGGUCUAUGAGCAAAUAUUAGGAGAGGGCAUUUCGACAGGGUCUAGGCCUUAA